GACGCGCUGCGCUGUUCACCGAGUGACUUGCUCUGUCGUUGCUCCGUAUUUUGCGCUAGUCAGUUACCGGAUUCCGCGUUGAUCGAAACGCUCUUAUCUGUUCUGAAACUGUUGCCGACACAGGUUAUCACAGCUGAGUAAGAGGACUUGCUUUAGCUGCUAGUCAGCGGCUUCCGCUGAGCGGGAUCUGAAAACGGACAGAAACUUUAUCAAAAGCCCGAAUUCUAUCCCGCUGACUUUUCUCAUUAACGUCGGGCCAAGUUUACUGCUUGUCGGCCAGCCGACAAAAGACAAUAGCUAUGAAGAACUUCUAAUAACUGUUGCUGCCUUGAGUUGGCCUGCAUUGUUAUCCGUCGCGAAUUAUCGGACAGAAAAUGUACAACCGGCUCAAAACUCUAUUCAUGCUGUACUUGAUCUUUCAAGCGACCGCUUCAAGGACUGCCAUUGAUGAUAUCACACCGGCCGCCUUUGUUGGUCAGCUCAAUACAGGCUACACCAGACAUGAACCGGCUCCUGAAAAAUCAGAGUCAGAAAAUGGGAAAGUGAGAUUCUCAGAAUUACAACACGAGCCGAGAAUUUACUUUGCUGCACCGUCCGGAGUAUUGGUGGCGCGACUAAGGGCAUCCCAUCUCGAUAAUCCGACAUACAAGAUCUCGUAUCGACUCCGUGGGGACAAUAUUCCGAACAGCGAUGCCCAGUACUUCCAAAUUAGCACAGACUCCGGAAACCUCACCACUAAAAGAUACAUUGACCGACCAGUUGGCUCCAUUUAUGAGGUGACUGUGGAAGCUUACUAUGGUAAAGAGAAGGAGUUACUCAAACUGACAAUAAGAGUUACCGAGUACAACAAAUUUCCACCGGAUUUCAGGUCUUCAAACUACAGGGUCCAUGUGGAACUGAUCACACAACCAGGUACUACUUUGGUUGAAGUUCACGCUACAGAUCGAGAUGCAGAACCAUACAAUGCCGAGGUGUACUAUGCAAUUCAGUCAAGAACUUCAAUCAUUGGCAUCGAUCGUAGAUCAGGCGAAGUUAUUUUGAGAGAAAAACUGUUAGCCAGAUACAGAGAUUUACAAUUUACAAUUAUCGCCUAUGACGGAGGAUCACCGUUCCGUAUUGCUCGUACUAAACUAACUUUGUCUGUCAAGAUAAUUUCAGCUCCAAGGAAAGUUACAGUCGAACAGACAGGGGAUCAAUGGGCUAUGUUGUGUUGGCUUCCACCUCCAAGUGGUAUGCCGCUUGGUUAUCAAAUUUCCCUCACUACAGAUUUUCUACAAACUUCUACAACCACGCGUAAUGUCACAAUCGAUGAGCUAGGUCAUAGAGGUGAUAAGCUAUGCACAGCUUUAACAGACUUGGAGUCAUGGAGCAACUUUGAAGCUCGUAUAGCUGGAUGGAACAAAUUAGAAAUUGGAAUGUCCAGUCCAGCGAUUCAAUUCAAUACAAGAGUAAACCAUUGCCCUUUAAAUGUUUGCAAACAUGGGGAAUGUAUUGUUAAUUCUGGCUCAAGAUUUUAUCAAUGCAAAUGUAGACCUGGUUAUUAUGGCAUGUUUUGUGAUAUGUCCGAUCGUUGCUAUAAUCAGCCUUGUGCUAAUGCGGGUACUUGCUACAACCUCAACAACAGUGAAUAUAAGUGCACAUGCUUGGCUGGUUUCUAUGGAGAUGAUUGCUCACUUUUCAAUCCAUGCUUGGGAUCGGUCUCGCCCUGUCUCAAUGGAGGAAAAUGUGAAAGCAACAAGAGCAAUGAGUUCCAGUGUACCUGUCUUGAUGGCUUCUUUGGCAUAUCCUGUGAGCACUACAACCCAUGUUCUCAAGCUUCGUGCAAACAUGGCUCCAAGUGUUAUAACGUAUCAGAUACUGAGUAUGCCUGCAAGUGUCUGCAAGGAUAUACUGGAGUUGAAUGCGAGACAGACAUUGAUGAAUGUGCAUCAGACCCUUGCCUCAAUGGUGGAACAUGCAUUGACGAAGUUGAUGCUUUCUUUUGUGAAUGCAGAAAUGGCUUCAAAGGUGAAACUUGUGAGAUCAACAUAGACGAAUGUGCAUCAAAUCCUUGUAGGAACAGCGCACCCUGUCAAGAUGGGGAAGGUACUUAUAUCUGUCAGUGCCUGGCUGGAUAUACAGGAAGACUUUGUGAGUCUGAUAUUGACGAGUGCUCAUCAAAUCCAUGCGAAAACAACGGAACAUGUAUCAAUAAUCUUGCUGGUUACACAUGUAAUUGUCUUAUCGGAUUUGAAGGUAAAAAUUGUCAGGAGGAAAUAAACGAAUGUCUUUCGUCUCCAUGUCAGAAUGGAGGAACAUGCGUGGACUCUUUUAACAGCUUUAAAUGCUCUUGUACCGCGGGAUUCUCUGGACCAACUUGUGAAAUCGAUCUAGAUCUUUGCAUAUCAUCUCCCUGUUUGAAUGGCGCAACUUGUUAUGACAAGGUAGAUUAUGCUCUUUGCGAUUGUUUGCCUGGUUUCAAAGGAGAGCACUGUGAAACAAAAGAUCAAUGUAAUGGAGAAACUCAGCCGUCUUCGAAAGGUCUAUUCACAUGGUUGAACUUGUAUUUUGGCGAGACUAUGGUUCACGAGUGUCCCUAUGGAAUAACAAGGAAUAACACUCUGAUCCAGGAGACUGCAACUAGAACUCCUUUGGCACCUCAACAUCCUCGACCUGAUAAUUUUAACUGGAAUGAAAAUAUAUUCAGGGAGCGAAGAGGAAUCAGAGUUUGGAAAGCGGAUGUUUUGGAGAAAGAUUACGAGUAUAAAAAUCUAGUUGGAGAACUGAAAGAGAUCCGCCGAGCUCUUCUUGAGAAGCGGCUCAUGAUGUCCAUUUCCAAUAAUGGCAGAGCAUUUGCUGUGCGAAGCUGUGUUUUAGCGAACAACGGCUCAGUUGUUUGGGCUCCGAUAACGGAUGGCUUAUGCCGUGAAGAGGGGUUUACUGAAGCAGAGCAGCUAGGCCACCAUCUUGAAAAUUUGACCAAGUUUCCGUCACAGAUCAACAAAGAUACUUUUUUGCAAGCCACUUCACAAUUGAAGCAGAUUGUUAACUAUGCACUGACAGAUCGGAAGAUUGCUCAGACAAUGAUAUCGGUGCUGAGCAACAUGUUGGACGUGAAUGGAACCGUAUUCAGUGAGGUUGACACUAAUCGAUCCGUUACAAAGAACAUAAUGGAAACGAUUGAUAUUUUCACCAAGGAUUUCCAACUGCAUCCAAGAUCUAGCAUAUCGUUGACUUCGCCAAAUCUGGCACUUGAAGUCAUCUCCUUAAGAUCUUCUGAUACACACAAAUACAACAAUGGUAUCAUGUUCAGUCCGAACCAUGAAAACAUUCCUUUGAAAUUCCAAUCACCAGAUGAUGCAAGCUCGAGAUAUGUAUGGCCUACUGAACCACCAACAGAAAUAAGCAUCGUUCUUCCAAGAGAAGCUAUCCUGAAAGCCAGCAAUGAGCAAGUUAUCAGAGUUCAGUUUGUGUCUUAUGCAAAUCACAAGCUUUUUCAAUCAACCAACGAAUUCAAGCACUUCGAUGUGGAUAAAACCAACAAAGUAUUGUCAGCUGUAAUAUCUAACACAACUGUCACGAAUUUGACAGUGCCUGUUGUCUACAAAUUCCCAAACGUGAACUCCAACCAUAAAUAUGUUUGUGUUUAUUGGGACCCUGAAAGUUUGACAUGGAUGACAUCUGGCGUAACAACCAACCAGACUGACAAAUGGGUGAGCUGUGAGUCCACUCACUUGACAGCUUUCUCUGUACUUCUGGAUCCCACUCCAGACGCCAAUCAUGUUGAGUCUCUCUAUUCUCAUCACGAAGCAACUCUCACCACAAUCAGCUACGUCGGAGCCACUCUCAGUAUUUUUGGAUUGAUUUUCACAAUCUUGACCUAUGCUAUGUUCAGGUGCUUGAAUCGUGACAGAUCUGGAAAAAUACUGUUGAACCUAUGUUUGUCACUGUUACUGAUGAAUAUUGCAUGGCUGAUGUUGUUGCUUAAGGAGCAUAACUACUUAGAUCAAAAUGACAUUUGCAUGGGAGUGGCGCUCGCAAUACAUUACCUUGUACUCACAUCUCUGGCUUGGAUGUUGGUUGAAGCUAUAAAUAUGUAUCAACUACUAAUCACUGUUUUCGCCUCAGUCGAAUCUAGAUUCAUGUUGAAACGCAUAAUUGGAGCUUGGGGAAUUCCGCUGUGCAUUGUUGGAGCGACGAUCAGUUACACAGGUAUCAAUCAAUACACGUCACCUGACUCGAAAUCAUGCUUAUUCUCUUCUGAAGAUAAAAAUGUUUUUUACAUCGCCUACAUCGGACCAGCAUGUGUCAUACUCAUCGUGAAUUUUGUAGUAUUUCUGAGAGUGAGUAAAGUGCUAUGUAUGAAGAGAGCUGUGGGGAAGCACAAUCUGAAGGAGAAAGGAGGAAUCACCAUGGCCCAGGUGAGAGGCGCAUUCACCGUGAUGACUCUUCUAGGCGUCACCUGGGUUUCCGGAAUUUUCGCUGUGGGCAAACUGAGACUGAUCUUCCGCUACAUAUUCUGCUUGUCAAACUCACUUCAAGGCUUCAUAAUCUUCAUUGUUCGAUGUGUUCUCUACCCGGAGGCUAGAAGCGCUUGGGCCACUCUAUUUCGUACGGGAAGUUUCAAGAAGCAUCGCGGCCUCACCAAAACAAUGGGAGGACAAUCGUCUUCACAUAGCCAACAUACAACUUCAAGCACUCAACAUACCAGAGUUUCUGCAAAGUCUGAUCUCAUGGAUAAUGUCCUUUGGGGUGGUAUUCGCCCACGAUCUCAAUUCAAUAUCCAGCCCAAUAUACGCCCCCUCAGGGCUGAGAUAGUUCGAGGGCCCGAUCCAAGAUAUGCAACAUCUCUGACUUUGCCUCGUCCAGCCAAUCUACCACCAGGUCCAGUCCCUUACAUUGCCCGCAGCUUCAGUAUGCACCUAUCAGAAGAUGGCUGUGACUCUUCAAAAGAAGGAGAAGAUACAUCGUGGAAGUAUGAGCCUCGAAAUCAACCGGCCCUCACCAACCCUCUUGACCUAGGCUAUGGCACUGCAGAACAUUCUCCAGAGAGUCCUCAUGAAAGACACCGUCAAGUCGACAGAACAUCAGAGACUCGUUUGAGUGUCUCAACUCCUGAUCGACUUUGUGGUUCACUUCCUAAAAUAUCAAUAAUUGCACGCAGCGAUGGAGAGAUGAUAUUACCUGACACUAGUGGAUCUCAGAGCCACACACAAGCUAAUCAUUCUUAUUCAUACUCACCACAAUGGGAAAACAGCUGGGAAAAGAGUGAUACGUCUGUUUCACCUAUGUCGUCAGUCACUGACUCAUUCUCUCCUAUCAAUACACCCUCAAAAUCCCCGGUUCAUGGAUUCAGACUGCCUUUGGUAAGAGCCACUUCACACAAACUUUUGGCAGAAAGAGCUCACAAAUUUCCUUAUUCAGCCCGUUCUGAAGAGCUUUUGUAAGAUUACAGGAUAAUGAGUAUGCGCUGGUAAAAUUUUACCUCCCAGGAAUGCAUUCAUAUAACUAAUGAAAUAGAUUAGAUAUGAUUUUAAAUUUAUCAAUUUGUACAUCAAGACCAAGCAGUGUAUUUUACCUUUUUAUUCCAAAAUUUCAUAUCAUGUUUAUUUCUUACUUUUAUUCAUAUUGUUUAAUGUACAAUUUGUACAUUCAUUAAUUUCACAUGAGAUACUUCAGUGAUCAGUAUAGAUACUCAUAAAACUGAAACAGAUCAGUUUUAUGAGAACUGAUAGUUCCGAAAUAAACUUACAGUAGUGUACUCCAAAAUUAUUCUCCAUUUUUACUGAUAAAACACGGAUAAGAACCUGUUCGGGUAUUGGAUAACAAGAAAUAACUUUCAAGUGGAGAGAAAGUUAUUCUUCAUUUCAAGAAUAUAACGUUUGUUUUAGCAGUACGGUACGAAACCAAUUAGUUUCUUAUAUGGUUGCCAUGAAUCUGGUAUUCAUUGUUUUUAUACCAUCGACAUAAUCGCAGGUGGAAUUCUAUUUUUCUACUAUAAUGAAGAUUCAGUUCAGAACAAGUGGACAACGAUCCGCUUCCAGUUUCAUUUGAAGCAUAACUUGAAUGGAAUCUUGAUAAUCUAUAUAAAUGAAUCGACAUUGUAGCAAUAUUUAUAUAAUUAUUAUUUUCUGAUUCAUUGUUUUAAAUGAACUUCCAUAUAUUAUUUCGAGUCCAAAUGAGAUUUAUUCUUCACUUAAGAUUCUUCCUUCUUUAAUUAUUACUGAAACUAGUAAUAGUUAAUAGUUAUAGUUUCUCAUUAUUUGCCUCAGAUACACCUCAAUUUUAUAAAAAUAAAAUUUCAGCCUUUGGAAGAGGGGGGGGGAUUUGGAUAAUAUUUGAAAAAUAUUAUCAUCAAAAUACAUGAAGACUGAAUAUGAAUGUGAAAUCAUGUGAGGGAAGAAAAGGGUUUUUUCAUCCGAGAGUAUUUGUGAGCAAAAGCACGUUGUGUUGACUAUAAGAAUGAUCAGGAUAGCCAGUGACAGACAGAUGUAAUGUAAUUCUUAAAUGCAUGUCGAACGAAUGUAUAUCGUACUUUUUUCUGGAAUUCAGCAUGAUUCCACUUUGUGAAUCAGUUAUAGGUUUAGUAGCAAAAAAUCACUCAAACAUUAUCUAAGAGAUUUGAACAGUGAUUGAUGAAUGUGUUGGAAAGGACAUCAUAAUAUUCUGUAUGCUUUUGUCUAUUCUUCCAUCUGUCUCUCUCACUCACCCUUCAUCAAUUCAUCCCAUUUAUUUUUUACGCAAUUUUCAUCCUGUUGUCACAAAACAGUCUUUAUCACAAAUAGUUUUUCCAUGAAUUUGAUAUGUGUUUUAUUCCAACAAGUAGAGGUGUAAAAAAUACUGAAUACGGUACCCCAUGAACAAUGAACUUGUGAGUAUCAAAAUUGAUAUUCUGGGCUGUAUUUGAUUUGAAAUUGAAGUAUUCAACGAUUAAAAUAGAAAUUCACUAUUUUCAGUACUUGUCAAUACAUAUCAUAACUCAUCACUUAAACACUAGACACGCACCACCUACCUACUGUCAGUCUCAGAAAGACUAUUUUUGUGUCCUCUUCAAUAUAAAUGUGCCCGGAUUACAAGGAAAUUUGUUAAAUGUAAUUAAACUAUUGUUUGUGAUAUCGUUCUCAAGAUGUGCCAUAGCCUAUAUUGUACAUAAUGAAAGCUACAUGACUUGUCAACAUCACAAACAUCCCGUAUGUUCUGCAAAUACCGUACAGAAGCCGUCACUCAUAUUAUAUAUUGUAUGUUGUACUAGUUUGCUUUACCAUUCUGCUCAUAUAAUAUAAUAAUGUAAGAGAAAAUAUUCAUGUUUGUAUUAUAAUAAUCUAUUAACUGUAAGUACUGUAUGGAUCAGAACUCUUAUCAAAUCUACUCUAUACUAGAUACUUGAGACAACCUGAGAGUCUGAGUGAUGGUUCAAGCUCACUAUAGAUUGAAAAUGUCGAUUGCUAGUUAUUGUAUGUAUUAUUGAAAAUAAUGAAGACUGUAUAGAUCAGUUAUUUUUGUAAUAUAUUUUGUUGUGAAUGAUUAUAACAAAAUUUGAAAGGAACUAGAUCAUGGUGAUGAAAUUCAAGGUGCUUAUGAUAUGAAAGAUAUGGUACGACAAUGCAUUGCUGUUUAGUAUUAUUAAUUUGAUCAAUGAACCUUCUUCUUCAUGGGGGGAAAUUAUUUGAAGAAUGCAUGACGAAUCCAAUCAAUAAGUGUUAACUGUUAAUAAAAAUUUAAUGUAAUUAUCUUCUCUUACCACAAGAGAUUCAAUGUUGUAGAAUAUUACAGGUGAAUGUAAAUAAUCAUCAGUUCACAAGCAAUCAUUCAGUUUUUCAAGAAGCUGCUUACAAGUUCAUGUUAUGAUGUAAAUGUGGCCACAAUCACGAACACUCAUCAGUAUUACACAUAUUCAUUCAUGGCACAUUUCAGUCUCAUCGUAUGGAUAGAUAAGGUUAAUCAUCAGCUGUAGGCUACGUAUAUAGACUUCAGAAUAACAGCUUCUUUUGAUCAGUUUUCUAUUAUUUUAAUCUGUUGUUCUCCCUUUUAUUAAUUCCAUUACAUUUAAUGACUUUUUCAUGGUUAUACAUAAAUGUUAUUCCCACAUUUAAAAACAUUCAUUAACAAUAAAUUUUCACAUUUUUUAUAAUGUUUAUCGUGAUUAGAAUAUUCCAAGUAUUUCAUGGAAAUGGGGAAUAUUAUUAGCUUAAUUUAUGCUAUAUAGAAUUCUCCGUACAGGCCUAAUGUAAGAUCAAUAAAGUUUGUAUUAUCAUUUUGUUAUAUAUUUUUUAAACCCAUUAAAAUGUAUUGAAUCACGCUCAUUCUUCUCUCGAUUAUGUUCUAUAUCUUCUGAAUAAUAUGUAGAUCAUCACCAUCAUUCAAUUCAGA